CUUCAUUUUUUUUCUAAAAUAUAUACGUACUAGCUUCGUUUGUUGAUCAAAGACAUCAUACACUUGAACAGUUUUAAGCAAUCAUCUAUCAAAAUAUGGGAAACUGUGUAAAACCUGCAUCGUCAAUGGAGUGGGACGGCGAGGACUGGAGCGAUUUGAAGUCGAAGAAGGAAUUUGGAAAAGGUGAUGAGUUGAGUUUAGGAAAAGGGCAGAAGGAGAAGCUUAUGCAAACGCUGAGAGUUUCUCCUGAUGCGAGUGGGAAAGUGAAGAUAAGGAUAUCAAAGAAGGAGUUGGCAGAACUUUUUGAUAAACAACAACAGCAGAGAGCUUCUGCAGAACAAGUUCUGCUUCGCUUGAUAAAAGCCAGAAAUGAUGAUGCUGGUCACAGAUUGUGGAUGCCCAUGCUAGAGAGUAUUCCUGAGGCCACUUGAUUAAUUCCUCAAGGCUUGCAUGAGAAGGUUUUUCUAUACAGUGAUUGUGUUGUAUAUAGAAAAAUAAUAGAUAGAGAUUGAUAGGAUUUGUGUUUCAGUUGGUUAUCUCUGCU